GCUCGAGACACACUGUUUAGAAUAACGCCACCAUUGUGUUGUAGUUUUACAAUAGUUAGAUACACCCUGCUGUAGCGAGACCUGCCUGAGGUAGCUCCACUUUAGACAUCAUCCUUCCGACUGAACCGCCUCUCUACUCAAGCUCGCUACUGCGCAACUCCCAGUCCCCGACGGACAUUUACUAUGGUAAACCAGCUGUAGAGAUGACGUCAUACGGCGACAACGUGAUGCGGUCCUUCCUGCGUCGCACCGGUAGAGUAUUGUAGCACUUCCGGGUCAUCUAAGCUGUGACAGGCUUACUUCUGAAACCGAGGGCUUCACUCUCCUUAGAUCUAGGGCGCCUGCUGGUGCGCGGACUUUCCUUGACGACCCUUCUCUGUGCCUCUUCUUUACCUCGUCCCCGGCACUGGACAUCUUGCUCUGCCUGCCCUGCUCUCUUCUUCUUCCGGGGUUGGAGUCUUUUGCUGCACAGACGUUCUUCAUCCUGUAGGUACAGAGGCAACAACUUAAAAGCUUUAAACCUGUGUUUCUCCAGUGUAACUUGUGAGGAAUAGCAAGUUUACUUGAAACCCUUUGUAUAUUUUGGGCACAGGUCAGACCGGGGGUGUUUUACUAUAUUCAUGUCGCAGGGCACCCGGUCUCCGGUAAGAAGGCGCCGUUUUGAUAAGUGGCGACGAAGCCGAAACUCUGAUCGGUCUGAUAGUUCUGAUUCGGAAGAAGAGUCCCGCAGCCGGACACGUUCAAACAGCAAGGAGAGAAGUCGAUAUCUGGACUGCUUCAGCACACAAGACGUUGGGAAAUUGAGGCCCAGAGCCAGUUCAAGCAGUGAGGAGAGAGCCCGAAAGAGCAAAUACCACCACCACUCCAACAGUAAGGAGAACAAUGAGGAAAGCAGGCAUAGGCCUAGGGAUAGCAGUCAGGAUAGGUCCUUGGGAAAGAAGCACCAUGCCCGUUCCAGCAGUGAUGACAGUACUAGGCAAGGGAAACACGUUGUUCGUUCUAGCAGUCAGGAAAGGAUGAAAGAAAGCAGGCAUUAUGCUCGAUCCAGCAGUCCGGGAGGAAGGAGGUACCAUUCCAGUUCAAGCUGUGAGAGAAGCCGCAGGAAAAAAGACUGUGCACGUUCCAGUAGUCAAGAGAGCUUUGGGAGAAGGCCCAUUCGAGCCCAUUCAAACAGUAAGGAAAACUACAAACAUAAUAAAAUUGACACAGACUCCAGUCAAGAGGGUUUCAGAGUAAAGACCAGCAGUCAGGAAAGGUCUAAACAAAGAAAGUCUUGUGCCCGUUCCAGCAGUCGGGAAAGCUUUAAGAAAAGGAGAGCUAGGGCCCGUUCCAACAGCCGGGAAAGGUCUAAACAAAGAAAGCCCCGUGCCCGUUCCAGCAGUCAGGAAAGCUUGGAGAAAAGGAGAAAUAGAGCCCGUUCCAGCAGUCAGGAAAGGUCUAAACAAAGAAAGCCCCGUGCCCGUUCCAGCAGUCAGGAAAGCUUGAAGAAAAGGAGAAAUAGAGCCCGUUCCAGCAGUCAGGAAAGGUCUAAACAAAGAAAGCCCCGUGCCCGUUCCAGCAGUCAGGAAAGCUUGGAGAAAAGGAGAAAUAGAGCCCGUUCCAGCAGUCAGGAAAGGUCUAAACAAAGAAAGCCCCGUGCCCGUUCCAGCAGUCAGGAAAGCUUGGAGAAAAGGAGAAAUGGUGCUCGUUCCAGCAGUCGGGAUAGGUCUAAACAAAGAAAGUCCCGUGCCCGUUCCAGCAGUCAGGAAAAGUCUAAACGCAAAAAGCACCAUGCCCGUUCCAGCAGUCGGGAAAGCUUUGAGAAAAGUAGGCAUAGUGUGCGUUCUAGAAGUAAAGAAAAGCAUGAGAAAACAAGAUCCAGAAACCAUUCCAGAAAUCAGAAUGUCUCGGGAAGAAAAAAGAAAGGGCGUAGAAAAUCCAGGUCUUUUUCUCUAGAAAGAAGGAAAGCUAUAAGGAGAAGCAGAGAUAAAGAUAAAAGACAAAGGUCUUCCUCAGAAGAUGAGAGUAGCAAAGCGCAAAAAUCAAGGUCAAGGUGCUCAGUGUCAUCUGUCUCUUCUCCAUCUCCGACAAGAUCUCAGAGCCCAAGUGAUUUGUCUAAUGCAGGUCUUACUCUGCAAGAAAGUUUAAAAUUAAAAGAGGAGAAAAAGAAGAAAAACGAAAUGAUGAAAGCAAUAGAAACUCCUGAAGAAAAGCGAGCUAGACGCUUAGCCAAGAAAGAGGCCAAAGAACGCAAGAAGCGAGAGAAAAUGGGUUGGGGAGAGGAGUAUAUGGGAUACACCAACACAGACAACCCAUUUGGAGAUAAUAAUCUACUAGGCACUUUCAUCUGGAGCAAGGCACUGGAAAAGAAAGGAAUUGGACAUCUGGAAGAAAAAGAUUUGAAAGAUCGAAACAAACAAAUCCAAGAAGAUAACCGCUUAGAGCUACAAAAGGUAAAGCAACUACGUUUGGAAAGGGAGAGAGAGAAAGCCAUGCGAGAGCAGGAACUAGAAAUGCUACAACGGGAAAAGGAGGCAGAGCACUUUAAGACCUGGGAGGAACAAGAAGACAACUUUCAUCUUCAACAAGCAAAACUGAGAUCAAAAAUACGCAUUCGAGAUGGCCGUGCAAAACCCAUAGAUCUGCUUGCCAAGUACAUCAGUGCUGAAGAUGAUGAUUUGGCUGUUGAAAUGCAUGAGCCUUACACUUUUUUGACUGGGCUUACUGUCUCUGAUCUUGAUGAUUUGCUAGAAGACAUCCAGAUUUACAUGGAGUUGGAGCAGGGAAAGAAUGUGGAUUUCUGGAGAGACAUGACAACUAUCACAGAGGAUGAAAUUUCUAAACUGCGCAAACUAGAGUCAUCUGGCAAGGGGCCAGGAGAGAGACGAGAAGGGGUAAAUUCCUCUGUCAGCACAGAUGUGCAAGCUGUGUUUAAGGGUAAGACCUAUAGCCAGCUACAGGUAAUAUCUCAAGGGAUUGAGAACAAGAUAAAAGCUGGAGGACCAAAUCUGGAUAUUGGCUACUGGGAAAGCCUGCUCCAGCAGCUUCGUGCUUACAUGGCAAGAGCGAGGCUUAGAGAGCGCCACCAGGAUGUUUUACGUCAAAAGCUCUUCAAGCUCAAACAAGAACAAGGAGUAGAAAGCGAGCCCUUGUUCCCUAUUGUAAAACAGGAACCAGAGUCCCCUGAUGAGAGGCAAGCUACAGAGGAACCUUUGUCAGAGAAGCCAGGCUCAUCUGAUGCAGCACCUGAGGAAUCUAAAGAGGCAACAGAAGAAGGAAAAGAUGAAGGUGGAGAGUCUGUACUCAUGGAAGAAGACCUCAUACAACAGAGCCUGAAUGAUUAUGAUGCAGGCAGAUACAGCCCCAAGCUGCUGACCAACCAGGAAUUGCCGUUCGAUGCACAUGUCGUUGACUUUGAGGAAGACCAACAGAGACUGGUGUUGUGCAGACAGCAGAUGCAAGUGACAGGAGAUGCGAGUGAGAGCCCUGAAGACAUCUUUAUUCGGAAAGCAAAAGAGGGCAUGGAUGGGGAUGAAGCACAGUUUAGUGUGGAAAUUCCAGUCACGAGCAAAGCUUAUCUAUGGGCAGACAAAUAUAGGCCUCGAAAACCUCGUUUCUUCAACCGGGUCCACACUGGCUUUGAGUGGAAUAAAUAUAACCAGACUCAUUAUGAUUUUGACAAUCCUCCUCCAAAAAUUGUACAGGGCUAUAAGUUUAAUAUUUUCUACCCUGACCUGAUAGACAAACGAUCGACUCCUGAGUACUUUCUUGAAGCUUGUCAAGACAACAAGGACUUUGCAAUUCUUAGAUUUCAUGCAGGGCCACCGUAUGAAGAUAUUGCUUUCAAAAUUGUGAAUCGGGAGUGGGAAUAUUCUCACAGACAUGGUUUUCGCUGCCAGUUCUCCAAUGGUAUCUUCCAGUUGUGGUUUCACUUUAAGAGGUAUCGCUACCGAAGAUAAGACUACAAAAUAUAUUUUCCUAUUUCUGAAUGUUGACUUUUUUUUUUUUUU